CGCAGAAACACGGCGACACACAAAACCUCAAAAAAUUUACCAACUACGAAACUGAUGCCUGGAAGUAAGUUACGGGAAACGAAAAUAACCAUAAAAUACUGCCUCAGAAAUUCUUCAAUUUAAAUUAUAAACUAUACAUUUUACUUUUUUUGUGCGAUGUUUGUGCUGUGAACAUGAAGGUCAUUGAAGGAAAAGUUGUUUUGUUAGGUUCACAAGCUGUGGGGAAGACAAGUUUACUCAUGAGGUAUGCUAAUAAAAACUUCGAUCCUCAUAGUCCUCCCACGAUAGGAGCAUCUUUCUGUACCUGCAACGUGGCCAUUGGAGAUAUCAGAGUUAUUCUCCAGGUCUGGGACACAGCAGGAAUGGAAAGAUUCAGGUCGAUGGCACCAAUGUAUUAUCGUAAUGCAAAUGCAGCUCUGCUCGUCUUCGACUUGACGAAUUAUGACACCUUUAUCAGCGUUAAAAGUUGGGUCUCUGAACUGAAAAGAAAUAUAGAAGAAGCCAUAAUUCUCAUUGUAGUGGGUAAUAAAAGUGACCGAAUAAAAGAGAGGAAAAUUGAUUCCGAAGAAGGCAGAACCUACGCUACCUCAAUCGGUGCUUCCUAUCACGAAACCUCGGCCCUUUUUGGUGAAGGUAUUGAAUCCGUUUUUCAAACUACUGCCUCUGAAAUGUUAAGGCUAACGGAUUAUGAUGAUUUAACCACAAGUAUCAAAGUAUAUAAUUACGGCCUAAAAGAUCAGGAUAUGGCCUCGACUCCAUCCAGUGAAGAAGAUUUUCAUAAUAAUAGUAUCGCGCACGGAAUUCACGAAAAACCAUUUUUUUGCUGUUAGCUUCAAUUCAAAACAUUCCUUUAUUUGCUUUCUUUCAGCAGGUAAACUUACUUCGAUUUUUUUAACACCUGUAUUUCGUGAUCACGAUGGCACAAAAGUGCUGAAAUUAAGGCUGAUUAUUAAGCGAUUGAUGCAAGUUGUAAAUUUUGUUUGUAUUCAAAGACCAAGACCCUCAUUUUGCAUUGAAUACUAUGACAAGCCAAUUCUUUUCUUAAGAGGUUCUUCUCAAUACUAUGUAUCGUAAUUAUGAAAUGUUGUCAAACGUUAUUUAACGUUGCCAAAUGAAUGUUAUUUACUCAAUGCCAAAUUUUUUCAACAAAUAUUUUCUU